AUGGAUGCCAGUAAAUGGUUCAGUUACGCUCGUUCAUGCAACUAUGUUGAGCUAGAGAGGCACAUGGAUGAAUAUGCAGGGCAGACGGAUGCCGAGGGAUCGACUGCGCUUAUGAUAGUCGCCGAAAUGGGGGCCGUGGAGUGUGUCCGCCUUCUGGCAUCGAAGGAGAUCUGCAUCGUGAAUUCUGCGGGUCAUACUGCUCUAUUUCUCGCAGCUGUCAACGGACACGGUGAUGUAGUGGAUAUUUUGGGUCCCCUAGAGGCCAAAACGCUAACCAGUAACGGGGAGGACGCUUUGAUGUUGGCCGCGCGCACAGGAUCUUCUGCGGCGGUUCCUCUGCUCAGUCCCUACAUUGAUCUGCUUCCAAACAAAGAUGGGCUCACUGCCCUCGAGCUAGCUAUCAAUAACGACGCCGCUGGCUUCGUUCUUGCUCUAAUUGAGGCCCGAUCUCUGCCUCCUUCUACGGUAUCUUCAGCCCUUCAAUAUGCUAUUUCUAAACAUGCUCAGAGAUGUACGGAUGUCCUUAAGAGGGCAAUGUCUAUUAAAGCAGGGCAGCUGAACAUAGGAAUUGGUAAGCCUUCUUCCAGAGGACAAGCUCUUCAGCCAAUGGCCCCCUUGUCCGAUAGUCCUGCGAAAGGUUAUAUAGAUACUGACGAUCCGACCACUAUAAUGAAAGCGCUGAGCAAGACUGCGCGACCUAUGUCUGCCGGGAGCAUAUAUGCAGGAGUGGGUUCUGACAGAAACUUUUCCGGUGUUACAGCAGCUGAUAUGAACAUGGUUCGCAGUCAACAACGACCGGCUUCGUCUUCGGCCGCUCGCUACCGAGCUGGCAAAAGCGUGGCACAAGAGGCGGGUAACGAUGUAAGCAUGUCUACUGACACUUCUGUCCUGCAACGAGGGCUCGCUGCGGCUCAAAGGAAGAUUGCUAUGCUGGAAGAACAAAUACUUGAGCGAAACGUUGCCGACUCUAGGGCUCAUCUCAACGAAUACGCAUUACAGAUUAAGCAGCUCACAGAUUUGAAGAAUAGAAACGCUAAAAUGUUGGACGACAUGCAGAACCAUCUGGCAGACGCUAUUGCCGCCACGAAGCGAGUGGAGUGCAAGCUCAUGGUUGCGGAGAGGCUCGCUGGCGAGAAUGCUGAGUCUGCCAUGGAGGCACAUAACACUAACGAGAUUGCCUUGCGCGAUAGCUUGGCAUAUUUGCAACAACAGCAAGCCUUCAUGGAGGCGCGAUCAGAGCGCCAGGGCAUACAGCUUGAGUCUCUCUGCGACACAUAUCACAAGAUGUCUGUGCAGCUCGUCAACCUAUGGUACCAGUUGCCCCCAAGCAAGAACCCCAUAAACGUGGUCGAACUUUUGUCAAAACCUGACUUUCUUCCCAGCAAAGACGAGUUGCCGGUUAUGGAGAGGUCUGGUACCGUCACAGACGAGCUGUUCACUUGGCUUUACCAUAAGAUCUGCUUGUUGGCUGACAGUCUAGUCAUGGUCAUCACAGACGCGAUACCUAUGGUGGAGGCCAGCUCUUUGAAUCAUGAGAUGAUAACUGGUGCUUCCGAGGCUGCCUUUUAUCGCCAGUCCUUAGCAGCUUUGAAGGCAGAGCUGUUGGGCGCCAGGGCUAUUAUUACUGAAAGAGAAAGCAUGUUGGAGAAAGAGCGUGCCUCCGUAAAACAGCUUCAACUUAGAAUGCAAGAGCUCAGCACUUUUGGACUAUCUAAUGAGCAGCACGAGCCAGAUCUCAUCGCACGUGCGUUUCAACUUGAAGCGCAAUGCACUGACCUUCAAGCAGAGAAUAUGUCUUUGAAGCAGGAUUUGGCUCAUCAAGCUGCGCUGCUCAAACACUCAGCAAAGAAUGUUUCAGCAAGCGAUGUGAUUACACGCGCAAAUGUCAAGAUGUACACACAAGACAGCGAUUUAGAACGUCUUCUAGCAGAGAAGGAUAUUGAAAUACAGAAGCUUCGUGAAGAGAUUGAGAUACUAAACGGGCGCUCAAAGACUUUGAAAGGAGAUGCUCAUGAAGAGCGACAGAAGCUCCUAAACGAGAUCUAUUGCCUAAGAGACAUCCUUUAUGGAGAACAAGGCGAGAUUAAUGAGGUCUUGAAAGAUGCUGCUAGUAAUCUCAAAGACCCAGACCUUUCAGACCCGUUGGACAAUAAGAGACUUAUCAAGACUCUUCGGGAAACCGUUAUCUCAUUGGCACGUACGCUUCGUCAAGAAUCCCUGAAGCGGAUAACUGUGUCCCCAGACUCUCUAGAGUUGCAGGACAGAAUUUUGGCUCUUGAGCGUGAGAAGACGGCAUUGAUGAAGGACCAAGCAAAGUUGAGAAAGGAUCUACAUGCGUGUGAACAAGGCGCUGAGGAGGCCAGAAGAGCAGCAGAAGCUCAGGACAAACAUAAUUCCAUGACCAUUCAGACACUCCGGUCUGAUUACGACGGUCUUCAGAGGAGAUGUGCAGAACUCUUAAAGGCCAAAGGCGUUCCUCUUCCAACUGACGCAAGGGGCAUCCCGAAAUCUGCGACAGACGUUUUGUCUUCUCUCCACAAUGCUACGGCUUCUGGUGACUUUUUAGGGCCAUCAUUCACGUCCCUGGUCCUUGACGCAGCGACAGAGCCUCCCAGAUAUGACCAUCAUAACUUGAUGGUAACAGAAAUGGGGAUAGUCGAAAGUGUCUCUGCUACCCGCGGACACUACGCAUACACUGUUGCUGCGGUGCAGACCGACCCCUGUGUUAUAGACAAGCACGCAGAGUCAGUGAUCGCUGAGCUGGAUCGGAAGAAUUUAGAGUUGUCCAAAAAGCUGUUAGGACUGGAUCAAGAGCUAAAUGAUGCUAAACGCGCCCUCGGAGCCGUUAAUGACAUUGACCUGAAUGGAAUGACCCUAAGAGAAUACGUAGAAGCACAUAAAAAGCAGGAUCAAUCCCUAACAGAGGCAAAAGCUAAGUUGGCUGCACUUCAAAAGUUAGAAAAGGACCAUGACAAAACUCUCAAUGAGAAUCGCACGCUUGAAGCAAAGUGCCAGGAACUGCAAGCAGAGCUGGGGUCUCUUCGCGCAAGGAUCGACAAUGCAAGGUCUGAAGAUUCAAAUAAACUCACCAUCAAGUCGACCUCCAUAGUCCCAAAUGUGGGUAGCACAGGGCAAGCACCGUUACCUCUUACCCCUCUUAAUGCGAACAUACUGGCACAGUCGAGUUCCAAGCCAUUGGCAACUUCUAUUGCUGAUGCUGGCACAGACGAUCAUACAGAAGUGCCUCACAGGUCAUUCAACUCUAGCAUGCUGGUACCAUCGUCGCGACUUGGCGAAAGCAUGACAAGGACGCGCCCGAGCUCGUCAAAAAUGGGCGCCAUGAUUAAUAAUAUGGAGCACAAUAUGUUAGCGAUGGCAUCGUUGCAGAGUAGUAGAAACGGGUCCAGGGCUAAUUCUAGGACAAAUUCGCGCUCGAAUUCUCGUGGUGGAACCCAGUCUCGUCCUCUGUCUGGCUCUGCAUUUGGUAGGUCGUCUAUGCAGAGCACCGCCAAAAUGGAUGGAAGCAUGGUCAACUCUUCUACAUUGACAUCGUCCAAUGCACGAAUGUACAUUCGCUCCAAUUCCAACAGAAGGUAUAGCUCAACUGCGUUCGGCGGUCCAGGACACAUUUCCGAGUUUUGUGCACGCCCAGAGCGUCCUCGGUCCCCUGCCGCAGUCGCGGCUAAUAAGCUCCAUUCUAGGGAGGUUGCUCUCAACCUUGGUCCCAACAGUAGGACCCCCUACUCGACCCCUCUUAUGGAUGCUGUGGUUCGACGCGACAUGUUUGGGGUGGAGUCGGAGAUGGGCCACGCAGGGAUGCAGAAGACCGAUGGUACCACUGCUCUCAUGCUAGCCAUAACGUGUAAUUUUCCCGAGGCAAUACCGUUACUAAUGAAUGUGGAAGCAGGCAUGAAAAAAGACAACGGAGACACAGCACUGUCCCUUGCAGUCCGGGCAGAGAUGUACGACAUUGCUCGUCUCUUAACUCCUAGAGAAGGCUUGGACAUCUCUGGCUACUCCAAGGAGAACAAUAGGAUCACGGAGUUAAUGGUCGCUGCGGCCAAAAACGACGUGUAUACGGUUUGGUGUCUACGCUCGCUACAGGGCGGACUUACUGAUCUCAGUGGACGCACAGCCCUUAUGUACGCAGCUAAAAGAAGCGCUGUCAAUUGUCUGAAAAUACUGGAUGCUGAGGUCGGACUUAAGGACAACAACGGGGAGACAGCCCUUAUGAUGGCUGCAUCGAUGGGAUUGGUAGAGGUGGUGAAGGUCUUAGCGCCACUGGAGCAUUCCAUUCAAACACCGGUCCACCAUCCUAGUGGCCACAAAUGUACGGCGCUCAUGCUUGCGAUACUAAACAACCACCUCCAUGUUUGCCAUUACCUUGCACCUUAUGAGGGUGGUCUGAGGGAUGAAGAUAAUCAAUCAGCGCUCGACUAUCUAUUGGCCAACAAGAGUGCUGCAGACAGCGACACGUUCCAGCGUGUUAGAGCCCUCCUGAUGCAAUGUUGUUGA